AAAAGUGAUGUGAAAAAAUUUUUAUUUAAUUUGUGAUAAGCACAAGAAAUCAAGAAAAUCAAGUCAUGUCGUGGACAAUUUUCAGUCUUAUUGUUUUUGUUAUUUCGAUAAUUCAAGUUACUCAAAUAUUUGCACAGGACGAUGAGAAAAAUCUUUAUAGCAAGCGAUACGAUUCUAUUGAUGUGGAAACAAUCUUUAGGUCCACAAGAUUAUUAAAUAAUUAUGUGGACUGUUUAUUAGAUAAAAAGCCAUGUCCACCGGAGGGUAAAGAUUUGAAACGUGUUUUACCGCAUGCAUUGCGUACGAAAUGUGCUCGUUGUACAAAACUACAGAAGGCGAAAGCACUUGAUGUAAUUACGAGACUCUACUAUCAACAUCCACAAGUUUAUCUUUCACUUGCUGAGCGUUAUGAUCCGAACGGAGCAUAUACAAAAAAUUUUGAGAACUGGUUUGAUGAGCAGAACAGUGUUAAGCCUCGACCACCUAUUCCAGAUUUUGGAAACAUUCCAUUGUCCGACACUCCAUCAUCAGAAGGUCAAGGUCCUAAUCGACGUAGUCCAAGCAUUGGCGCUGAAUCAAGCACAAGUAUUAAUAAUUUAGAUUUUACUCAACGAUCGCGAAUCCCAUCAUCGUGGAUUACAAUGACGACUACAACAACCGAAAAAUCAACUACAUCUAGAGCACCUUUAAGAACGACGCAUGGAUCGAGGACAACAGUGAAAGUACUCGAUAAACCAUCAACAAUUAGAGCGCCUCCACCACCUUCAACAGUUAAUAACCCGAACUUUUUCUUCUUUCCUCGUCCCGAUGGUCCGAUUACACAUUCUAUUAACAAGCUUUUAGACACGACAGAUAAACUUGCUGUUAAUUUUGCAAAUAUGUUUAAAACGACACUCGAAAUACUUGCUGGAUAAUAAUGUGAUGAUUUAUGGCUGAUUUCAAAAAAUUUCUUUAAAUUUUAGAAGACUAAAUUGAUGGAAUUUAUAAAUUUUAGGCUUAAAAAUUGUCUGUAUCUCAUAUUUGCUGACAUGAAUCAAAUGAAAGAAGCCAUUAGCUCCCACAGAAUCUCAAAAAGGAUCAUCAGAAGAAUUUCUAUAGAUAAAUUAUUUAUGAUCACACAAAAAUCAUUAGCAUUAAUGCAUAGAGAAUAAGAGAAUGAAUGCAGGAUGGGGAGACGAGAGAGCGAGAGCAUCGAGAAAUGAAGUCAAU